ACAACUAGCUGGAAAAACAAAGAAUGUUCAAAUAACACAUUAAAUUUGAAAAAUGUCUUCAAUACGCCGGCCUCAAAGAAAUAUUUUAAAGCCACGAAGAUUUCGAUCUUCAUUUAGUGAAACAGAAAAGACGGGGACGAUUAAAAAAAGAGGCAGGCGAGGACAGAUUACUGAUGCACAAAAGCUUAAAAAUCAAGCGGAUUCCGUUAAGGAAAAUGUAUCAGUUAUAAAAAGAAUUCUUCAACUUCAGAAUUUACAAACUUAUAAUCCAAUUCCUUUUGGCUCGUCUAAUUCUUUAUUCGUGCCUACAACUCAGGAAACAUCAAGUUCAAAUAUUUUACGGAAAAAAGCAAUCACAACUAUUGCGCAGAAUCACGCAAGCGCAUCCGUUAGAAAUAGUUAAUUACCCACAACUGAAACCGCACUUAUUUCUAACGAUAAUUUAGGAUGUGCAGCUAUGAAUCAUGAAAACUGUACUUCAUUUUCACCGAUGCAACGUUCAACAACUACGACUUCUCAGCAUAUUUCAACCAACAUAGUAAGCACGAAAUCUGGGCCGAAUACCGAAAAUUAUUUGUCAGUUUCAUCGCUGCAGUCUCCAACUUCUACAUUUGUCACUUCAAGAAAUUUUGCUACACCCGAAACAACACAUCGUUACGAUUGCUUGACUACAGACACAAUAGAACGUAAUCCGCCAUUUACAAGUUCAACAUAUGUAUUACCGUCAUUAAAACCGACUUUUCAGCAAUCCACGCAACGACUUGAAGACAAUCAGAAUCUUGCCGAAUUAGAACCGAUAGAAACAAGUACUCCAGAAUCUCACGAAGACUUAUCUAACAAUCGAAUUAACGAAACAGAUAAACAAGAUGAAAGUGAUAACAAUGAGCAAAGCAAAGAUACAAAUGAAUUAAACGACGAAGAAGAUGAAAGUACCAACCAUUUUGUAAUAUCCAACACUGAACAUUUAAAUCCUAAUGCCGAUGAUAGGCAACUUAAUCUCGGCGAUGACUUUAAAAGACUAUUUGAUCUCUUGGAGAACAUUUGCACAGAAAUGAGAACUGGUUUCAACAGAAUUUGUCUAGAAAUGAGAAGUCAAAAAAGAACCGUUAUCAAACCUGAUAUCUUGCCAAAGAAAACAAUACAAAAUGUUGAGGAAUUUAACCAUUGCGAUGAUGAUCAAUUAUAUACUGACGUUAUGCUAUGGCCAAUAAUGAGUACUUUCAGCCUCCAACACAAGCUGAAUAUAAAGCAGGAAUGCAGGAGACUUUGCGUGUUGCAAAGCAAAGAUUCCGAAACGCUCAACGAAGAACGUUUCGACAUGCUGAGAACCAAAGAAAAGAAUAAUGUGAUAUUAAAGAGUUUAUAUUAUAUGUUUGAUAUAUGAAUAAGAAAAAAUAUUUUAUAUAACUUUUAACUUUAUAUAAUAUUUUAUAUAAUUUUUAUAAUGAUUUUUGUUGAUAAUAGAUAUAAUAUAUAUAUGUGUAUAAGUACAAUUAUAAAUCACGAAAGAAAAUUAGUAACCUUUACCUUAAGCGCACAGAUAAUAAUUAUUCGCAACAGCGUUAUAAUAAAUUUAAUUAAACGUAAGAUAACAUA